GUAUUCUCUCAGCCAAUCCAUCAAUUCUGAUUCAAACUGCAGGUUUAGACUAUUUUCAAGAUGUUUCAGUAAAGACGAGUAUAACUUUCUUCACUUUUCCUUUUGCAACUACUUACAACAAAUCACAGUAUAACAGAUAUUGAUAUGUUUUCUCAUGAUUAAUCAUAAGACAAUGGGCGAGCAGAGACGGCGUUCUGCGUCGGCGCUUCAAGAGCGUCUGCGUAAGGAUAAUCACCGUCAACAGGACGACGACUCGCCUUUUUUUCAACAAAAUGCAAAUGCUUCAUCAAGACAACAGUUUUACUGCAGUAGCGAAAAUUUAACGACUUCGACGAGCAGUCUCAAUACUCAUGUACAGAACACGGCUCGCGCUGCUAACACGAAUCACAUGACGCACGUGCCGAAGAUCACACCAUCAGCGACACUAUUCCCGCUCACGAAAGUGGCGCCAUCCUUGCCGUCCUCGUCCUUAAUGUCAGCGAGCCACUCGAUUUACCAGCACAACAUCAUGAAGCAGGCGGAUGAUUCUAGGCGCGAGGACACCAUCAUGAAGACGAAGGAUGAUUCUAGUUACCAGGACAGCACUAGGAAACCAAAGAAAGGCUCUACUAGUGACCAAGACAGCAUCAUCAAGAGGCAGAGUGGUUUUGCUUACCACUACCAGGACGCGGCGAUGGAGAAUGAUUCUAGUUACCAGGGCAACAUCAUGAAGGGGCAGAAUCAUAAUCAUUCUAGUUGCCUGGACAGCGGCAGAAUCAUGAACAUGAAGACGACGCAUGAUUGUAGUUACCAGGACGCCACGAGCAGCCAGAUGAAUGAUUCAACUUCUUACUGGGGCACCAUCAUGAAGAUGCAAAAUGAUUGUACCAGUGACCAAGACAGCAUCAUCAAGAGGCAAAGUGAUUUGGCUUACCACUACCAGGACGCGACGAUGAUGAAGGAGGAGCAUUCUAGGUUUCGGAAGACCACAAGCGCUUCUAGUUACGAGAACACAAACGAGACGAAAAACAGCGACAGCAACAUGAUGGAGAGCAGUCCGCUGAUGGAUUUGCGCGAAUCUCGCAACAUCGACGCCAUCGCUACACCUGAUCAUGCUGGAGAAGGGAAAAAUAGUCCUUCUUGUAGUAGGGUCUUCGAUUCCUCCAAGAAUCUUCUUACUUCUCCUAUGUUACAGCUUUUGGUUUUGGAAGGCAAGGGUGGACAGAGCAAAGAGCUGCUUAUGACUCGUGAGCGGCAGAAUGAAGAACAGAACAUCAACGUCACUGGUUCUACUGGGAUCCCUCUGAGGAUGAUGAGCCGGAGUGAUAGUGAUAUCAGGAUGCAAGUAAUGCAGUUACAGCUACCACUGUCGCUGUCGAAUAGUCCUACAUCGACGUCUGUCGUGGUAGCGAGUGACAGGCUCAACACUAUGGAGCGGCGUAGUCCUGUUAUUUCCCCUCCGCGAUCGCGGACGCCAAGGGACGACCUUCAAGGUCGCGCUUUCGAGCACAAGAAGGCAGAAGCGAAAGUAAAGUCAAUAGUGUCGACUGAUGCGGGACAGAAGGACAGGGAGGAGAUGGAAUCACGCCAGGCUGCCAUACCCUUGUCCCUUUCGCAGCCGGCUGUUGCGGCUGCAUCCUCGCUAGCUUCCUCUGUAUUGUUGCGGGAAACAGGCAGGUGGAAGAGCCAAACGCCUGCUGGCUCAAAAAAUUAUGACUCGUCUAUUCUUCAGAUUCAGUAAGAGGAAAUCCGAUAUCUCCUCAGACUUUCAGAUACUUUUUAGUGCUGUGAGGGUUGAGGAUAGAGGUAGCAUUUAGCUAUGUAGAUUGGUUCAUGAAUGAGAACAACUCAUCUCCAGACUCAUUGUCUACGCGAAAGGGUACUAGACGAAAUCAUUUAGCUCUUACAUCACAUCUAACGAACGCAGCCUGUGGUGAAUUCGACGAAGCCUCACCGCCAUUGUCGGCUUGCGAGGAGCCUUUCGCGCCCUGCGCGCUUCGUCGCUGCGGCUGCGUGUGUGCAGAUUGCCGGUGGGAUUCAUCAGCAGCAGAAGGAUGAUUAUGGAGUCGAAAAUACUUUGAACGUUCUUGCGUAAAACUUAGUUUGUUAGUGGUGGUCUUCAUUUCGUCUUCUUUGAGUCAGUCCUACUCGUAUCUUUUUAUCCCAGGGUCGCAAGUGCGGGGGUCAACAUGCUGCCUGAAUAAGUUCAGUCUAGUCAACGUUGCUGCUUCCAAAUUUGUUUGUCAUACCGCUUUCAGUGAAAACUAGAGACAGCUCCUAGGUAUUUAGUUAAUGAGUAAAGCCCUUUUUCUUGCACUAGACUAGGCUGUAGCUGUCAAGGGCGUCCCGACUUUUCUUGUUCCACCACGAACAGAAGUAGGCUUCUACAAUAGAAGGGAAGGACAUAUGACAAAGCGGGCCUUUUUCUUUACCUUCUGAUAACUAGUAGAUUAGUGUCCUCUCUAAGAACACCAAAACGCUCACGAGGAAGCAAGUGGCAAGCGGAUCGAUGCUCCACUAGUGGGUAGUGGUUCUAGGAAAGACAUUGUGGAGGACAGCGAAGGAAGUAACCUGGUGCCCAUUAGAGAAGACAAGGCGGUCGUGGGAGACAUGAAAAUGGCGGCAGCAAGCACACUGAGAGUAGAUAGCACCCAUGUAGUUGCAACAGGAGGUGGAGUAGAAGAGGGCACUAAGCCUGUAGUUCCCACAGGAGGUGAAGGAGAGACCAAGCUGGCAGAAGGUGGCACUCAUGUAGUUGCAACAGGAGGUGGAAUAGAGACCGAGGCGAGCACUCGCACCGCUAUAGAAACCGCAAAAAGUUCCACAUCUUCUUCGCAAGAUAUUAGGAAGGCCAAGUCAGAGACCGGUGGUAGAGAUGAAGGGCUUGAGGUCAAGAGUGAUAUGGGUGGCACUCAGUCUCAGCUCCUAGAAGCAAAAGGGGACAGCAGUAACAGCCAUCAGGCCAUCGAAGAAAAAGGAGACGCGACUACUCAUGUCAAGGCUAUCUCGGGGGGGGGUUCCGCAAGUAGUACGUCUUCUGUCACAGCUUCUAUGCAUCACAAGCAGCCCGCGGCAGCUGCAACUUCAGACAGUGGACAUCAAAUCGAACAAAAUAGUGCUUCUUCUACUUCAGAGAUCGCGGAGGUAGACGAAGGGGGGGGUCAGGCUGCAGAUGGUCAUGGAGUGAUGGGCGAGAAGAAACUCUCUUCGCCUUCUAGCAAUAAUGCAGCCGAAGACUCGGAGUAUUCGUCUUCUCAGCAUAAGGCUACAGUCGGAGGGAGUAGCUCGGCGGCAGAGCACUUAGUAGUAGACAGCGACGCAGCGGGCUCGAGUUUCACUGGCGAAGGAGGGUCUUCUACAGUUCCGGACGUCUUAUCCUCUUGCAGAGGAGAAGAAGUACCGCCAGAGAACUUGCGAGCACGAAAACAGCUUACCGAGUUUUUUCAGAAUUACAAGAGAAUGUCGACCAGGAAGAGUUUCAACAUAGAAGAUGUAACACACAAGUUGACAAGAGCGCACUUCCAAGGCAAAGACCAUGAGGCUCUAGUGACGUGCGUAGGGAACCCCAGAGAAUUUGCUUCUGCAGCGUCUGAUGAUUCAGCACAAUCGCCAGAUCUAUCACAAUGCUUUCUUUCUGCAUCCAGCGUUUGUCUAUUAGGUAUCGGUGGCGGCGGCGAUGUAUGGACACCGAGGGCUGGCGGGCGCGCGGGGCCGAAGCCGCAGUGCGAGGAGGUUGCCGUAAAGCACGUGCGCUUUUCGAAGGGCUCUGAUGCCAUGAAAGAGUCAUGCUAUGCUUUGUAUGCUUCCUCGGUUGAAAGCUUAAGAUUGUACGUGGCUGAGACUCACGAAAGUGUCGAGUUUUCGAAAAAGCCGCGAGUUAUGGGUCACGUUAUAUAUCUACAUUUAGAGCAACUUCCCACGAAUAUCAACAACGGAAAGACCCACAAGCAUCAGAUCCCGAUCAAGGACACAAAAGGGAGACCAAGAUCAUGACAAUGACAGCAGCACUAAGACCAUCUACAUCGUCAUUAAUAGCUACAGCAUCAAGCUCAUCACGAUCAAAGCCCUAAGGCUUGUAAAUUAUGACUUGAAUAUGCUAGACGAUGAAGGCCGCGAUCUAGCAAGCUUUACCAGCUAAGCGUGAGGGAUCUACAAGAAACCACGAACAUCUGGAGCCAGUUACUUUGUCUUCUCAGUUUUUUUGUCUACGAUAAUGAUGCGUAGUACUAGGUGCAGGACAGGAGCAACAUCGCUGGAGAUGGCGACGUGUGUCAUCACAAUCGUAGCCAUUGAGCGGCCUCAGGGCUUAUCUAAUUUUGGAGGAAUGUCUCGCGCGGCAGCGGCACUCGAAGCUAUAGGAGUAUGA